GAGCAUUGGGCAAAUGCCUACUGUUAACACGGACAAAAAUGAUCGAGUUCUAUUUAUGAUGUUUCAAGAUACCAAUCACGAAAUGUUUGAAUACUUGCCACUUUUCAAAUACCUAGCUAUGUGGAUGAACUAUACGCUUUUAAAGUACGGUACGUGUGACGGAAUGRUUAUCGUUAUAGAUACCAAGGGGUUGAACUGGCGUCACAUCGUWAAAAUACCCAUUGGAAUUGCUGGUAAAAUGUUAAAAUUCUUAGAGAUAAUACUUCAUCCGGUCGGUUCAAAUGAUAUUUUCAAUUACAUAUCGAGAAAUGAAUUGCCAGCAGAAGUAGGAGGAUCAGGAAAAUCUCAUAGUUUCUUCAACGAUGAACUKUACAAUGACUUGAUCGAUUUUCGUGAUUUUUUCCUUGAACAGAAUGAGAUAUUAAAUAACCAAAUGAUGUAUGUGAAUCAACGACUUGAUGAAGAUGACGAAUAAACUAACUAUACCAAUAUUAUAUUAUAAAGAUAACAGAAUUACUUAUUUCAUGAAACACAUUUAAAUUACAUUUGGUUUUUUAUACCUAGUAUUU